AUGGCAACCGCUUUUGUUGUUGUUGAUAGGGAUUUGGCAAUGCUUAAGAUUGGUCUGAUUUCCAACACCUAUCAGAAAAAUGUCGACCACAUAGUUGAAGUAAAACGUUUGCCUCAUGUAGAAAAACUUCGAAUUCAGGAUGGAUUACCAACCAGUUUAAAAUCAACUCGUAUGCUUUCUAAGGGUCAUAAUUACGCUAUGAUAAAAGUAAAAGUAAUUUUGUUUUACGGUGUCAGAUGUGUACUGUUCCUGAUUAUGAAAAUAAUAGAAGGUGUUCACACAAGGCCAGAAAUAUAUAGAAUGGUUCCAGAUAAGGAUGGUUUCUUAUAUAUUUAUACAAAAGAGAAAGUAGAUAUAGAAGAGUUUUUAUUGAGUCUGUUUAAAAAAGUUGCUUACUGUACAGGAUCUCGAGAAUUACUGAAUGGUUCUUAUAAAUUAAAAUUUCAAGAGUUAUAUGUCCAUCGCCAGCAACUCAAUCUCUGUCAGUAUAUAAACGGUAAUCUUCCCCGCCUUGUGAAAUUUCUUUACUAA